CGGCAACGGCCGGUGGCUCGCGGCCUGCGGGCGGCGCUGCAGCGGGUCCGCCGACCCCGGGGAACCGACGUAGUCGCCCGCCUUUCUCGGCUCGACGUCUCGGUCGCCGGCUCCGCGCCGCCGCCAUGGCCGACGUGGAAGACGGUGAGGAGUCCGGCACUCUGUCCUCUCAUUCUGGGAGCGCGGGCUCCAAGUCGGGGAGCGACAAAAUGUUCUCCCUCAAGAAGUGGAACGCGGUGGCCAUGUGGAGCUGGGACGUGGAGUGCGAUACGUGCGCCAUUUGCAGGGUCCAGAUGCCUGUCUUAGAUGUCAAGCUGAAAACAAACAAGAGGAUUGUGUUGUGGUCUGGGGAGAGUGUAAUCACUCCUUCCACAACUGCUGCAUGUCCCUGUGGGUAAAACAGAAUAAUCGCUGCCCUCUCUGCCAGCAGGACUGGGUGGUACAAAGAAUCGGCAAAUGAGAAUGGAAGGAAGGCUUUUUUAGUGCAGUUGUUCGGAGCCCUGGUGGAUCUUGUUAUCAACAAGUGCCCUACAAAGGCGUGGACACUCCGGGGAUUUAAUUCUUCAAAUAAGAGGAGGUGGAUCCAUGGUCCUUCGGCAUUCAUCAAAGGCGUGGUUUAGCAUUUUGUCAGUUUUAUUUUUGUGAAUUCUCUACAAUGAAGAAGAUAAUUUGUAAAAGAUGUGGUCUUUCCUACCUCUGUGGUGUAGUGUCUCACACACUGCUUUGAAGUGCUGUAAAAGAGUAGAGAACUACGAACCUAAUGACCUUUAUAAUUUACCUAUUGAUAUCCAAGGGGCUGUGGAAGCAGCUCCAUUGAGAAGACGACUUUUUGCAUGCUUACAGUUGAUCAGUUGAAAAAAGAGAGAGAAUGUUAUAGUAACAAAUAAAGUACAGUUUCAAACCCAACUUUUAAUCUUAAUUUGUUUCUGAUAUUUAUUUUCUGAGGAGAGGGGAGAUGUGACUCAUAGACUCUUCAUUUGAUGAAAUGAGAAUUUUAAGUUUGGACACAUACCAGUGAACAAAGUUCAUAAAAUUUCAUGGGGUAUAUGGGAUUUUUAUUGUCUCUUUGAUUCAUCAAGAAGACCUAGAUCAGCAUGUACCUCACUGUCUAAUCAUUGAGUGAUAAAAAACAUAUAAGUAUUUUCAACCUCUGGUCAGAUUGGAUUAUGUUGUGAUUUAACUAUGUAACUGUGUUUUAGCUGGAAUGUUAGUGAGGGGAAAAUGUUGACUGCUGUACAAUUGGAUCAAAAAGUUUAUCACAUGUUUUAAUAAAUGGUUUAUUCUGUUUACUUUA